AUGGAUCAUGCCUGUGAGAAAGGAUUAUAUGGCCCUAACUGUACCCAUGGCUGUGGACAUUGUAAAGGGAAGGCUAAAUGUGAUCACGUGAAUGGUUCUUGUCCGUCACGAGAGUGUAAACCUGGAUGGAAGCAGACAUCAGAUCGGAAAUGUGACCAAGCCUGUGAGAAAGGAUUAUAUGGCCCUAACUGUACCCGUGGCUGUGGAUAUUGCAAAGGGGAGGCUAAAUGUGAUCACGUGAAUGGUUCUUGUCCGUCACGAGAGUGUAAACCUGGAUGGAAGCAGACAUCAGAUCGGAAAUGUGACCAAGCCUGUGAGAAAGGAUUAUAUGGCCCUAACUGUACCCGUGGCUGUGGAUAUUGCAAAGGGGAGGCUAAAUGUGAUCACGUGAAUGGUUCUUGUCCGUCACGAGAGUGUAAACCUGGAUGGAAGCAGACAUCAGAUCGGAAAUGUGACCAAGCCUGUGAGAAAGGAUUCUACGGCCCUAACUGUACCCAUGGCUGUGGACAUUGUAAAGGGAAGGCUAAAUGUGAUCAUGUGAAUGGUUCUUGUCCGUCACGAGAGUGUAAACCUGGAUGGAAGCAGACAUCAGAUCGGAAAUGUGACCAAGCCUGCGAGAAAGGGAUGUACGGUACCAGCUGUCUUCGUGUCUGUGGACAUUGUGCAGGGAACGCAACAUGUGAUCACGUGACUGGUUCUUGUCCUUCUGGGUAUUGUGCACCAGGAUGGAAGCGCACAUCUGAUGGAAAAUGCGACCAAGGGUGCGAUGACGGGACUUUUGGAUACAACUGUAUGGUGACUUGCAGUGGUCACUGUGCUGAUCGAUUGCCGUGCAGUAAAACAGACGGCUUGUGUCCCGGAGGUUGUAUGAAUGGAUGGACAAAUUCGUAUUGCAACGAAAAAUGCAUUCAUGGAUCUUACGGGAAAACUUGCUUGGAAAGGUGUGGUUAUUGUGCAGACAACGAACCGUGUAACCACAUCAACGGAACCUGUCCUGGCUCAUGUGAACCGGGAUAUCAGGGGAAGAAGUGUGACACAGAUGGGGACCCAAGAACCUCUGGAUUCAUGUGUAAAUCGCUUUGUACUAAUGUGUGUAACGCGGUGUGCAAGAAGCAAACCGGGAACUAAGAGAAGAUACAUCGAUACAUCUAUAGUAUAGGACGUUUUGAAACCAUAUUACUAGUAUAUUGAUAUAUUUAGAUUAUAUCAUUACAUGGAAUAGUUGGAGACUUUUAUACUAUGUUAUAUAUGUCUUUAUAUUCGUUGUAUCGGUAUUAUUCAAAGUUUCGCCAACAAAUGUAUAUUAUAUAGGAAUUAUUUCAUGCACAUUAGAUAAAUAUUAAUGAGA